AUGCUGCUGUCGGCCACCGCUGCCCGUGCGGGACAGCCGCUGCAGCAGCGCGGCGGCCCCGCUGCCACCUCCGCCAGCCGCCGCAGCGAGGGGCGGCGGCCGCACCCAGGUGUUCCAAGGCCCGUCCGCACGCAGGCCCUGUUUGGCUUCCUGGCCCCCGCCAAGCCCAAGUCCAGCCCUAGCAAAGCCCAGGAGCUGGUGAGCCAGCUGCUCGAGCUGGCAGAGCGCACCGAUGGUGGGCUGAAUGCCUCAGCUGCCAAGCGCCAGCAAAUUGAGGAGCUGGUGGAGGAGCUGGAGGGCUUCUGCCCCCGCAACCCCCUCCGCUCGACGCUGCUGUUCGGUGACUAUGAGGUUCUGUAUGCCUCCAAGCCUGAAACAGCAGGAGGACCGUUUCGUUCCCCGCUGGGCCGCGCUGUCUUCCCUGGCCAGCGUGCCCUGCAAAGCCUGCGGGAGCCAAACGUGUGCAUCAAUGAGGUUUUUUACAAGGGGCUUGGGUUCAUUCCCGGGAGCGCCCGUCAGGGGGGGGAGUUCACCCCCAUCAACGCUUACACCUUCCAGAUUGUCUUCCCUGAGUUGGACGGCAAGGUCAAGGGUGGCCCCCCCCGGCGCAUUAUUCAGAUUGCCUACCUGGACGACCGCAUAAGGGUGGCACGCGCCAUUCCCCCCGAGGACAACGAAGGCGCAGUACCCAGCUUCUACGUCUUCCGGCGGCUGGUGGAGGAGGAGGCGGAAGAGGAGGAAGAGGAGGUCCCCAAGCGUGGGGCGCUUGCCUUCGGCACCCGCAAGAUGAAGGCGGCGGUGCAGGAGGAACAGGAGGACGCGCCACCCGCGCGCCGCAGCAUGUUGGGCACCCAGCUGCUGGGCCGCAAGGACAGCCUGGCCACCAUUGCCGAGAAGCGGUAUGCGCAGCAGAAGGGUGGCACCGGCACAGUUGGCCGUGGCACGGGCACUGUUGGCCGCGGCGGCACUGGCAGCUCGGCCACCGCACGCAAGACGCGUGAAGAGGUUGCAGCGGAGCGUGCCGCUGCCAGGGCAGCUGUCGAGGAGGAGCGCCGUGCUGCUCGUGAGGCUGCCGAGGAGGAGCGGCGGGCCGCCCGUGAGGCGGCAGCGGCAGCAAAAGCGGCUGCCGAGGAGGAGCGCCGCGCCCGCCAGGCACAGCUAGAGGCGGAGCGUGCCCGUGUUGCGGAGCUCAAGGAGGCGGCUCGCAAACAGCUGGCGCAGCUGCAGGGAGAAGCAUCUGAGGCAGCAGAUGAGGCCAAGGCAGCAGUGGCUACCGCCAAGGAUGCGGAGAAAUCAGCAGCAGCUGUACUGAAGAAGGCAAGCGAGGCCCGUGAUCUGAUUAACCAGGUGACGGCGGCGGCCGCUUCGGCGCUGCAGGAGGUGGAGGGGCUGAAGCAGCAGGAGAAGGUGGAGGCAGCAGCAGUGACGGAGGCUCGUGGUGCGCUCAAGAAGCUGGAGAUGGCUGGCCGGGCCAGGUAG